CCGGCCCUUCGCCUCUGGGCGAUGGGCGACCUGUGAGGCCGGUCCCCAUCGCUGGGGGCGCGUGUGGGAGGAGGCGGCCGCCUGAGUGACCGGGAGCCGGGCCGCGGCCUUCCCUCGUCCGCCUCGGCCCCUCCCACUCCUCUGCCCCGGGGCUGCCACCGCCCGGGCGUCGGACCUGGUCCGGUGCCCGCGGUGCCGCCGCCCUCUGGGCCUAGCCCGCCCAGCUCGGCGAGCGGCGGCAGUGGGAGCCGCGUCGGCCGCAUCCGCCUGGACUCGGUGCGGGCCCCUGGCCCUCCCCUCAUGACUGCGGCGCCUCUGCUGCCACCGCCCGCCAGGCCGCCGCUCGCCGCAGAAUGGAUGCGGACCGUGCGGCGCUAACCCCCGUGGCUCCGCUCCCGAAUCGCCCGCCUUCGAGCCCUCCUCGUGAGCCGCACAGCCUCGGUGCCUGCAGCCGCCGCAGCUGGGCCCAGCGGUCCGCCUCUCCCUCGUUGCGGCUUGUCAGUGCUGAGUGAGGCGUCGUCCGGGUCGGCGCGAACCCGCCCGGCCGCGGUGCCCUGCAGACCUCUGCGCGGGCGGCUCGGCCCUUCACGCCCUUUUCAUUCACAAAUCCGAGCCCGCUCGCCUCUCUCUAGCGAACCGACCAUGUCUGGCGGCGCCGCAGAGAAGCAGAGCAGCACUCCCGGUUCCCUGUUCCUCUCGCCGCCGGCUCCUGCCCCCAAGAAUGGCUCCAGCUCCGAUUCCUCCGUGGGGGAGAAACUGGGAGCCGCGGCCGCCGACGCUGUGACCGGCAGGACCGAGGAGUACAGGCGCCGCCGCCACACUAUGGACAAGGACAGCCGUGGGGCGGCCGCGACCACUACCACCACUGAGCACCGCUUCUUCCGCCGAAGUGUCAUCUGCGACUCCAAUGCCACUGCAUUGGAGCUUCCCGGCCUUCCUCUCUCCCUCCCCCAGCCCAGCAUCCCCGCGGCUGUCCCGCAGAGUGCUCCACCGGAGCCCCACCGGGAAGAGACCGUGACCGCCACCGCCACUUCCCAGGUAGCCCAGCAGCCUCCAGCCGCUGCCGCCCCUGGGGAACAGGCCGUCGCGGGCCCUGCCCCCUCGACUGUCCCCAGCAGUACCAGCAAAGACCGCCCAGUGUCCCAGCCUAGCCUUGUGGGGAGCAAAGAGGAGCCGCCGCCAGCGAGAAGUGGCAGCGGCGGCGGCAGCGCCAAGGAGCCACAGGAGGAACGGAGCCAGCAGCAGGAUGAUAUCGAAGAGCUGGAGACCAAGGCCGUGGGAAUGUCUAACGAUGGCCGCUUUCUCAAGUUUGACAUCGAAAUCGGCAGAGGCUCGUUUAAGACGGUCUACAAAGGUCUGGACACUGAAACCACUGUGGAAGUCGCCUGGUGUGAACUGCAGGAUCGAAAAUUAACAAAAUCUGAGAGGCAGAGAUUUAAAGAAGAAGCUGAAAUGUUAAAAGGUCUUCAGCAUCCCAAUAUUGUUAGAUUUUAUGAUUCCUGGGAAUCCACAGUAAAAGGAAAGAAGUGCAUUGUUUUGGUGACUGAACUUAUGACGUCUGGAACACUUAAAACGUAUCUGAAAAGGUUUAAAGUGAUGAAGAUCAAAGUUCUAAGAAGCUGGUGCCGUCAGAUCCUUAAAGGACUUCAGUUUCUUCAUACUCGAACUCCACCUAUCAUUCACCGCGAUCUUAAAUGUGACAACAUCUUUAUCACCGGCCCUACUGGCUCAGUCAAGAUUGGAGACCUUGGUCUGGCAACCCUGAAGCGGGCUUCUUUUGCCAAGAGCGUGAUAGGUACCCCAGAGUUCAUGGCCCCUGAGAUGUAUGAGGAGAAAUAUGAUGAAUCCGUUGACGUUUAUGCUUUUGGGAUGUGCAUGCUUGAGAUGGCUACAUCUGAAUAUCCUUACUCGGAGUGCCAAAAUGCUGCGCAGAUCUACCGUCGCGUGACCAGUGGGGUGAAGCCAGCCAGUUUUGACAAAGUAGCAAUUCCUGAAGUGAAGGAAAUUAUUGAAGGAUGCAUACGACAAAACAAAGAUGAAAGAUAUUCCAUCAAAGACCUUUUGAACCAUGCCUUCUUCCAAGAGGAAACAGGAGUACGGGUAGAAUUAGCAGAAGAAGACGAUGGAGAAAAAAUAGCCAUAAAAUUAUGGCUACGGAUUGAAGAUAUUAAGAAAUUAAAGGGAAAAUACAAAGAUAAUGAAGCUAUUGAGUUUUCUUUUGAUUUAGAGAGAGAUGUCCCAGAAGAUGUUGCUCAAGAAAUGGUAGAGUCUGGGUAUGUCUGUGAAGGUGAUCACAAGACCAUGGCUAAAGCUAUCAAAGACAGAGUAUCAUUAAUUAAGAGGAAACGAGAGCAGCGGCAGUUGGUACGGGAGGAGCAAGAAAAAAAAAAGCAGGAAGAGAGCAGUCUCAAACAGCUGGUAGAACAAUCCAGUGCUUCCCAGACAGGAGUCAAGCAGCUACCUUCUGCUAGCACCGGCAUACCUACUGCUUCUACCACUUCAGCUUCAGUUUCUACACAAGUAGAACCUGAAGAACCUGAGGCAGAUCAACAUCAACAACUACAGUACCAGCAACCCAGUAUAUCUGUGUUAUCUGAUGGGACGGUUGACAGUGGUCAGGGAUCCUCUGUCUUCACAGAAUCUCGAGUGAGCAGCCAACAGACAGUUUCAUAUGGUUCCCAACAUGAACAGGCACAUUCUACAGGCACAGUCCCAGGGCAUAUACCUUCUACUGUCCAAGCACAAUCUCAGCCCCAUGGGGUAUAUCCACCCUCAAGUGUGCCUCAGUCCAUGGCGCAUCCGUGUGGGGGGACCCCAACAUACCCAGAAUCACAGAUAUCUUUCCCAACUAUUCAUGAACGUCCAGUUUCUUUUUCACCACCUCCCACCUGCCCACCGAAAGUAGCCAUUUCCCAGCGGCGUAAGAGCACCUCCUUCCUGGAAGCCCAAACUCACCACUUCCAACCCCUGCUGAGGACUGUUGGCCAAAGUCUUCUUCCACCUGGUGGCAGCCCAACUAACUGGACACCAGAGGCCGCAGUUAUGUUGGGUACUACAGCCAGUAGAGUAACUGGAGAGUCAUGUGAGAUACAGGUCCAUCCUAUGUUUGAACCAUCUCAAGUUUACAGUGACUAUAGACCUGGACUAGUACUUCCAGAAGAAGCUCACUAUUUUAUUCCUCAGGAAGCAGUGUAUGUAGCUGGGGUACAUUACCAGGCCCGGGUGGCAGAACAGUAUGAGGGCAUUCCAUACAACUCAUCAGUACUGUCAAGUCCUAUGAAACAGAUACCUGAACAGAAGCCAGUACAAGGGGGCCCUACUUCAAGUUCUGUCUUUGAAUUUCCAUCUGGACAGGCUUUCCUGGUAGGACACCUUCAGAAUCUAAGAUUAGAUUCUGGAUUGAGUCCAGGAUCUCCCCUCUCUAGUAUUUCUGCACCUAUCAGUACAGAUGCUACACGUUUGAAAUUUCACCCUGUCUUUGUUCCUCAUUCUGCGCCCGCUGUGUUAACUCAUAACAAUGAGAGCAGAAGCAACUGUGUAUUUGAAUUUCAUGUUCACACACCAAGCUCCUCUUCAGGAGAAGGAGGUGGAAUUUUACCUCAGCGUGUUUACCGAAAUCGGCAGGUUGCAGUGGACUUGAAUCAAGAAGAACUGCCUCCUCAAUCAGUUGGAUUACAUGGCUACUUGCAGCCUGUGACUGAAGAAAAGCAUAAUUACCAUGCCCCAGAAUUGACCGUUUCUGUGGUAGAGCCUAUCGGACAGAACUGGCCAAUAGGAAGCCCAGAAUAUUCCAGUGAUUCCUCACAAAUCACUUCUUCAGACCCCAGUGAUUUUCAGUCACCUCCCCCUACAGGGGGAGCAGCUGCACCUUUUGGCUCUGACGUCUCAUUACCCUUUAUCCAUCUGCCUCAGACAGUGUUACAAGAAUCCCCACUUUUCUUCUGUUUCCCCCAAGGAACCACAUCUCAGCAGGUCUUAACUGCCUCAUUUUCUUCAGGAGGAUCUGCACUUCAUCCACAGGCACAGGGGCAGAGCCAGGGUCAGCCAUCCUCAAGUAGCUUAACAGGGGUUUCAUCUUCCCAACCCAUACAACAUCCUCAGCAGCAGCAGGGAAUACAGCAGACAGCCCCUCCUCAACAGACAGUGCAGUAUUCACUUUCACAGACAUCAACCUCCAGUGAGGCCACUACUGCACAGCCAGUGAGUCAACCUCAAGCUCCACAAGUCUUGCCUCAAGUAUCAGCUGGAAAACAGGGCUUCCCACCUCGACUGCCACCACAGUACCCAGGAGAUUCAAAUAUUGCUCCCUCUUCCAACGUGGCUUCUGUUUGCAUCCAUUCUGCAGUCCUAUCCCCUCCCAUGCCGACAGAAGUACUGGCUACACCUGGGUACUUUCCCACAGUGGUGCAGCCUUAUGUGGAAUCAAAUCUUUUAGUUCCUAUGGGUGGUGUAGGAGGACAGGUUCAAGUGUCCCAGCCAGGAGUGAGUUUAGCACAAGCCCCCACUACAUCCUCCCAGCAAGCAGUUUUGGAGAGUACUCAGGGAGUCUCUCAGGUUGCUCCUACAGAGCCAGUUCCAGUAGCACAGCCACAGCCUACCCAGCCGACCACUUUGGCUUCCUCUAUAGACAGUGCACAUUCAGAUGUUGCUUCAGGUAUGAGUGAUGGCAAUGAGAAUGUCCCAUCUUCCAGUGGAAGGCAUGAAGGAAGAACUACAAAACGGCAUUACCGAAAAUCUGUAAGGAGUCGCUCUCGACAUGAAAAAUCUUCACGCCCAAAAUUAAGAAUUUUGAAUGUUUCAAAUAAAGGAGACCGAGUAGUAGAAUGUCAAUUAGAGACUCAUAAUAGGAAAAUGGUUACAUUCAAAUUUGACCUAGAUGGUGACAACCCCGAGGAGAUAGCAACAAUUAUGGUGAACAAUGACUUUAUUCUAGCAAUAGAGAGAGAGUCAUUUGUGGAUCAAGUGCGAGAAAUUAUUGAAAAAGCUGAUGAAAUGCUCAGUGAGGAUGUCAGUGUGGAACCAGAGGGUGACCAGGGAUUGGAGAGUCUACAAGGAAAGGAUGACUAUGGCUUUUCAGGUUCUCAGAAAUUGGAAGGAGAGUUCAAACAACCAAUUCCUGCGUCUUCCAUGCCACAGCAAAUAGGUAUUCCUACCAGUUCUUUAACUCAAGUUGUUCAUUCUGCUGGAAGACGGUUUAUAGUGAGUCCUGUGCCAGAAAGCCGAUUACGAGAAUCAAAAGUUUUUCCCAGUGAAACAACAGAUACAGUUGCUGCCUCUACCUCUCAGAGCCCUGGAAUGAACUUGUCUCACUCUGCAUCAUCCCUUAGUCUACAACAGGCCUUUUCUGAACUUAGACGUGCCCAAAUGACAGAAGGACCCAAUACAGCACCUCCAAACUUUAGUCAUACAGGACCAACAUUUCCAGUAGUACCUCCUUUCUUAAGUGGCAUUGCUGGAGUCCCAACCACAGCAGCAGCCACAGUACCAGUCCCUGCAACAAGCAGCCCUCCUAAUGACAUUUCCACAUCAGUAAUUCAGUCUGAGGUUACAGUGCCCACUGAAGAGGGGAUUGCUGGAGUUGCCACCAGCAUGGGUGUGGUAACUUCAGGUGGUCUCCCCAUACCACCUGUGUCCAAAUCACCAGUAGUUUCCAGUGUAGUUUCAAGUAUCACAAUACCUGCAGUUGUCUCAACAUCUACUACAUCCCCGUCACUUCAAGUCCCCACAUCCACAUCUGAGAACAUUGUUUCUAGUACAGCACUGUAUCCUUCAGUAACAGUUUCAGCAACUUCAGCCUCUGCAGGGGGCAGUACUGCUACCCCAGGUCCUAAGCCUCCAGGUGUAGUAUCUCAGCAGGCAGCAGGCAGCACUACUGCGGGAGCCACAUUAACAUCAGUUUCUGCUACCACUUCAUUCCCAAGCACAGCUUCACAGCUGUCCAUUCAGCUUAGCAGCAGUACUUCUACUCCUACUUUAGCUGAAACCGUGGUAGUUAGUGCACACUCACUAGAUAAGACAUCUCAUAGCAGUACAACUGGAUUGGCUUUCUCCCUGUCUGCACCAUCUUCCUCUUCCUCUCCUGGAGCAGCAGUGUCUAGUUCUAUUUCCCAGCCUGGUGGGCUGCAUCCUUUGGUCAUUCCAUCAGUGACAGCUUCUACUCCUAUUCUUCCCCAAGCAGCAGGACCUACUUCUACACCUUUAUUACCCCAAGUACCUAGUAUCCCACCCUUGGUACAGCCUGUUGCCAAUGUGCCUGCCGUACAGCAGACACUAAUUCAUACUCAGCCUCAACCAGCUUUGCUUCCCAACCAGCCCCAUACUCAUUGUCCUGAAAUAGAUUCUGAUACACAACCCAAAGCUCCUGGAAUUGAUGACAUAAAGACUCUAGAAGAAAAGCUGCGGUCUCUCUUUAGUGAACACAGCUCAUCUGGAGCUCAGCAUGCCUCUGUCUCACUGGAGACCUCAUUAGUCAUAGAGAGCACUGUCACACCAGGCAUCCCAACUACUGCUGUUGCACCAAGCAAACUCCUGACUUCCACCACAAGUACUUGCUUACCACCAACCAAUUUACCACUAGGAACAGUUGCUUUGCCAGUUACACCAGUGGUCACACCUGGGCAAGUUUCUACCCCAGUCAGCACUACUACAUCAGGAGUGAAACCUGGAACUGCUCCCUCAAAGCCACCUUUAACUAAGGCUCCGGUGCUGCCAGUGGGUACUGAACUUCCAGCAGGUACUCUAUCCAGCGAGCAGCUGCCACCUUUUCCAGGACCUUCUCUAAUCCAGUCCCAGCAACCUCUAGAGGAUCUUGAUGCUCAAUUGAGAAGAACUCUUAGUCCAGAGAUUAUCACAGUGACUUCUGCGGUUGGUCCUGUGUCCGUGGUGGCUCCAACAGCAAUUACAGAAGCAGGAGCACAGCCUCAGAAGGAUGUUUCUCAAGUCAAAGAAGGCCCUGUCCUAGCAACUAGUUCAGGAGCUGGUGUUUUUAAGAUGGGACGAUUUCAGGUUUCAGUUGCAGCAGACGAUGCCCAGAAAGAGGGUAAAAAUAAGUCAGAAGAUGCAAAAUCUGUUCAUUUUGAAUCCAGCACUUCAGAGUCCUCGGUGCUAUCAAGUAGUAGUCCAGAGAGUACCUUGGUGAAACCAGAGCCGAAUGGGAUAACCAUCCCUGGUAUCUCUUCAGAUGUGCCAGAGAGUACCCACAAAACUGCUGCUUCAGAGGCAAAGUCAGACACUGGGCAGCCUACCAAGGUUGGACGUUUUCAGGUGACAACUACAGCAAACAAAGUGGGUCGUUUCUCUGUAUCAAAAACUGAGGACAAGAUCACUGACACAAAGAAAGAAGGACCAGUGGCAUCUCCUCCUUUUAUGGAUUUGGAACAAGCUGUUCUUCCUGCUGUGAUACCAAAGAAAGAAAAGCCUGAACUGUCAGAGCCUUCACAUCUAAAUGGGCCAUCUUCUGACCUGGAGGCCGCUUUUUUAAGUAGGGAUGUGGAUGAUGGUUCAGGUAGUCCAAACUCCCCCCAUCAACUGAGCUCAAAGAGCCUUCCUAUUCAGAAUCUAAGUCAAAGCCUUAGUAAUUCAUUUAACUCCUCUUACAUGAGUAGUGACAAUGAGUCAGAUAUCGAAGAUGAAGACUUAAAGUUAGAGCUGCGACGACUACGAGAUAAACAUCUCAAAGAGAUUCAGGACCUGCAGAGUCGCCAGAAGCAUGAAAUUGAAUCUUUGUAUACCAAACUGGGCAAGGUGCCCCCUGCUGUUAUUAUUCCCCCAGCGGCUCCCCUUUCAGGGAGAAGACGACGACCCACUAAAAGCAAAGGCAGCAAAUCUAGUCGAAGCAGUUCCUUGGGGAAUAAAAGCCCCCAGCUUUCAGGUAACCUGUCUGGUCAGAGUGCAGCUUCAGUCUUGCACCCCCAGCAGACCCUCCACCCUCCUGGCAACAUCCCAGAGUCUGGGCAGAAUCAGCUGUUACAGCCCCUUAAGCCAUCUCCCUCCAGUGACAACCUCUAUUCAGCCUUCACCAGUGAUGGUGCCAUUUCAGUACCAAGCCUUUCUGCUCCAGGUCAAGGGACCAGCAGCACAAACACUGUUGGGGCAACAGUGAACAGCCAAGCUGCCCAAGCUCAGCCUCCUGCCAUGACGUCCAGCAGGAAGGGCACAUUCACAGAUGACUUGCACAAGUUGGUAGACAAUUGGGCCCGAGAUGCCAUGAAUCUCUCAGGCAGGAGAGGAAGCAAAGGGCACAUGAAUUAUGAGGGCCCUGGAAUGGCAAGGAAGUUCUCUGCACCUGGGCAACUGUGCAUCUCCAUGACCUCGAACCUGGGUGGCUCUGCCCCCAUCUCUGCAGCAUCAGCUACCUCUCUAGGUCACUUCACCAAGUCUAUGUGCCCCCCACAGCAGUAUGGCUUUCCAGCUACCCCAUUUGGCGCUCAGUGGAGUGGGACAGGUGGCCCAGCACCACAGCCACUUGGCCAGUUCCAACCUGUGGGAACUGCCUCCUUGCAGAAUUUCAACAUCAGCAAUUUGCAGAAAUCCAUCAGCAACCCCCCAGGCUCCAACCUGCGGACCACUUAGACCUAGAGACGUUAACUGAAUAGAUCUGGGGGGCAGGAGAUGGAAUGUUGAGGGAGUGGGUGGGGGGUGGGAAGUAGCCUGUAUACUAACUACUAGUGCUGCAUUUAACUGGUUAUUUCUUGCCAGAGGGGAAUGUUUUUAAUACUGCAUUGAGCCCUCAGAAUGGAGAGUCUCCCCCGCUCCAGUUAUUGGAGUGGGAGAGGAAGGAAAGAACAGCUUUUUUGUAAAGGGGCAGCCUCAGACCAUGCUUUCCUGUUUAUCUCUACUCAGUAAUGAGGAUGAGGGCUAGGAAAGUCUUGUUCAUAAGGACGCCAGAGAACUCAAUGUAAAAUCAAACCCAUCUGUAAUUUCGAGUGGGUGGAGCUCUUGAUUUUGGUACAUGCCCCAAAUCCCUUACCCCCUCAAGAAUCUGAACCACAAGACAAAAACAACCUAUUGGGCUCUCUCCUACCCUGCCCUCCUCACUUUUUUUUAACCCCUCUCUUUUUUAUUUUGUUUUUCUUUGCUCUUUAGAACCCAGUGAAAAAUACCAGGGGACUGGGGUGCAACUCUUUCUUAUGAUAGGUCAUUAGUGCUUUAAGCAAAAGAUAUUAGCAGCUUUGACUGCAGCAUUAGCAAUUAGGAAAAAAAAAUUAAGUUCCCUGCGGACAUGUAACUUUGCCAUCAGUUUUGAUGUGGAAACACUGUGAUAUAUAAAAUGUUGUUGGACAACAGUAGUUUUAAGAGUAAAAUAUGAAACGUUAAAAAAGUUCCAAAAAAAGCUAGCUCUGUCCUUUACUUAUUGAGACACUUUAACUUUUUCCUUUGUAUUUCCAUUGUAUUAGAUAAAUAAAUGUGAAUGUAAAAUUGUAUAAAUUACUGUACUUGAAUACUUCUGUUUCCCAGUGUUGCUUGCUGGACAUUUUAGUGCCUUGGACUUCUAUUGCUUCUGCCAUUAGCAUCAACUUAUCAGACCCCAGAUCAAUAAAGGGCAUGUGGAAGGAAAUCUUAGGUCCAUGUGACCCCAGCAGUCCAGCAGUGGUUAUGCCAAAGGGAAAUUGAAAAAGCAUUUUUUUAAGUCAUUCAACAACUUUGUCUAGAGCAGGUGUAAGAUGAGUAGGGUGGGAAGUUAAGUUGGCAUCAGUGGUGAAAAACAAAAAGUUCUGUUUCAGGAAUAGUGAGGAGGGGGUGUUGUAACAAAAUUGGGCAACUUAAAAGAAUGGUGUGUGCUGGAUGAAAGACAGAGACUAAAGAAUGAGGAAACAAACUUGUUUUGAAGAUAUGUGAUGCCUGGCCAGUGACUGACUGUCAUAUAAACCUUUCUUAUUUGAGCUAGGCUUGAACAGACAUGACCUAGAAGAAAUUGAACAUAAACAGAAGGGGGUGGGGGCUAGUUUUCAAGUUGGGGAAUCUGAUAGUGAAAAGUCACAGAUGGAGAAAGUUGCUCUCAGAAAAACUGUUUGGAUUGCUUUCCUCUUGUUGCACAUGUACCAUGCAUUUCUCAGCUUGGGGUACUAUAUUUUGUGGAGAGUGAAUCUUUCCACGUCUGAAUUAAUCAUUAUAGGAAACAAUACUUACUCAUUUCCUUUAUGGUGUCCAAAUGGUUGCAGGAUCAUAAUCUGUUGUGCCACCUUUAUUUCUAGAAGUACAACUAAUAUGUUCACAUUUUCAAAUAAAUACUCCUCGUAAGUAAUAACUGCAACCAAUCAGUGUUAUUUAGUGCUAUGCCUACUUGUAAUGAGUAGUUAUUUUCAGAGCUUUCCGGAAAUACUGUCCUAACUGGCCAUGUUUAGGGUCUUUGUUAUCUCUGAAGACAAAGAAGCUAGGACUCUUAAUUUGGGCUGCUUCUUGACUCGGAAACUGAAAUAUUUCCAACCUUUUACCCACGUCAGUGGCAUAUUCCGGGAAUCACCACCACCACCACAGAAAGAGGCUGGAGGCUCCUGUACCCUGUUCAUUCCUUAAGGGCCCUGCUUCCCUUAAUAAGUUGGUCUAUGGCCCUAAAUAUGCAAAUGAGAGCUGAAGGUUUUUAAAAGGUAGAAAGGAAAAGGGCAAGGGCUUCAACCCCUUCCUUAAAAUGAUUGAUUUAUUCUCUGCUUCUAUUUCUUGUGGAGAGGGUAAGGAUAGAACCAACACGGGGCCGAGUGGCUGAGAAAGGGUCACCCAAGAGUGAAACAUACUUUAUACCAGAGGAGCAGUGGAGCCUCAUGCAGCACAUUAUCAUUUGUUAUUUGGGUUUAGUAAUUUUGACAUCUUUUCACUCAUACACAAAAAGUCAGAACUGGUUUUUUAUUUCUGUUGAUUUCAUCCUCCUGUGGAUGAGAUAACUAAAGCCUAGAGGAAUGAACUAGUGCUACUGAACUGUUUGUUUAAAUUAUUUUGUGUUAAUAGUACACUUUGAGUAUCUUUUUCCACAUUAAAAACUUUCUGAAUUAUAAAUGUUUUCCUUACAUUAUUUAACAAUGUACACUGUUUAAAAAUAAAAAUUCAACUUU